GCUUAAGUCACAACAAAUAAUCAAAACGAUGAAGUCUUACCAGGAAAAGGUUAUGGAGAAGCUGCUUCACGGCCAUGGGUGUGCCAACCAGCUCAAGCUAAUCAUGGACCACCACGCCGAGUCAGACUCGUCCAUGGAAAGGGAGGAUCUGGCCAAGUCCGUCCUCCAUUGUUUCACCGAUGCUCUCUCCAUCUUGACCGAUACUAAUGAUCAUCACCAAGAUGAUGAUCAAUCCAAUAACUCAUCUGCCCGAGACUCUUCACAUGUUCUUGAGAGCAACAGGAAACCACUUCACAAGAGGGGAAGAAAGACAUCAAUGGCGGAGAGCUCAGAUUACCGUAGACACGAAUCCCCAAACCCGAUCUACCACGACGGCUUUCUUUGGAGGAAAUACGGACAAAAGCAAAUCAAAGAAUCGGAUCACCAAAGGAGUUACUACAAGUGUGCGUACACAAAGGACCAGAAAUGCGAAGCAAAGAAGCAGGUUCAAAUGAUCCAAAACAACCCUUCAUUGUACUCAACCACUUACUUCGGCCGCCACACAUGCCAGCUUCAUCAAGCCUAUGAAACUUUCCCCACUGACACCUCAGAUCCCCAAGAUUCACACAUGAUUCGAUUUGAUCACCCAGACUCCUCUACCCAUCACAUAAUUCAUCUCAAAGAUGAAAAAAUGAUGCCCUCUGAGAAAGCAGAAGAGUGGUCGUCUCCAUCUGAGUAUAUGUCCUCUGAGGUUGCCUGCGCGGUGGAGGCUUUCGGGUUUAACCCUGUUCGCACAUCAAGUGACUUUUCAUGACCACACUCUUCCCGUCACUAUCCUACAGCUUUUUUAGUUAUUUGUUUCCUCAUUAGGUCCUAUAGUAUCCUCCCGUUACUUUUUUUUUUGCUAUGCAUCUCUCUAUGUACUUCCUUACCUCCACUUGAAGCUUUUGUUUUGAGUAUCAAUAAGGUUUAUUAACGCAGCAAUCGCUGUUUGGGAUGGUGCCAACUUUAUAACAUUUGUUGUGUAAAUUUUCUAGUAAUCUCUAACCGUCA